AUGAUGUUGAGGAUAAAGAGGGUUCCUACUGUAGUGUCGAAUUACCAGAAAGAUGAGGCGGAAGAGGGUGCUCGCCGCGUUGGGGGUUGUGGCCGCAACUGUCUUAAUCAAUGUUGCAUUCCAGGGGCAAAGCUUCCGUUGUAUGCUUUCAAGAAGCUGAACAAGAUUGGUGGUGGCAAGGAGUUGCUCGGAAGUGAGAAAAGAGAGCCUCCCGUUGAUUUUCUUGACUCACUGCUUCUUGGGGAGUGGGAAGAUCGCAUGCAGAGAGGGCUGUUUCGUUAUGACGUCACUGCCUGUGAAACCAAGGUGAUCCCGGGGCAGUUUGGUUUCAUAGCCCAGCUGAAUGAGGGUCGCCACUUGAAGAAGAGACCAACUGAGUUCCGAGUUGAUAAGGUCCUCCAGCCCUUUGAUGGCAACAAGUUUAACUUCACCAAAGUUGGGCAAGAGGAGGUCCUCUUCCAGUUUGAAGCAAGCGAAGAUGGUGAAGUUCAGUUUAUCCCUAGUGCGCCUGUUGAGCCUGAAAAUUCGCCCAGUGUUGUUGCCAUCAAUGUCAGUCCAAUUGAAUAUGGACAUGUGCUGUUGAUUCCUCGUAUUCUGGAGCGCUUGCCACAAAGGAUUGACCGUGAAAGCUUCUUGCUUGCACUUCACAUGGCGGCAGAAGCAGGGAAUCCCUACUUUCGAUUGGGUUACAACAGCUUGGGUGCAUUUGCUACCAUCAAUCACCUUCACUUCCAGGCUUACUACUUGGCUGUAACCUUUCCCAUUGAGAAGGCUCCUACCAAGAAAAUCACUGUUUCAGGUGCUGGGGUGAAGGUCUCUGAGCUUCUGAACUAUCCCGUCAGAGGUCUUGUCUUCGAGGGUGGAAAAACUCUGCAAGAUUUGUCAAACACUGUCUCUGAUGCAUGCAUAUGCCUUCAAGAGAACAACAUACCGUACAAUGUCCUUAUCUCCGACUGUGGAAAGCGGAUCUUUCUCCUGCCACAGUGUUAUGCUGAGAAACAAGCUCUUGGGGAAGUGAGAGCAGAGCUCCUGGAUACUCAGGUGAAUCCAGCUGUGUGGGAAAUUAGUGGGCAUAUGGUGUUAAAGAGGAAAAAGGACUAUGAAGAGGCGUCUGAUGAAAAUGCCUGGAAGCUCCUUGCAGAGGUAUCCCUUUCAGAAGAGAGGUUCCAAGAAGUGAAUGCUCUUAUUUUUGAGGCCAUUGCUUGUGGUGAUAAUGGGAAUGCAAAUUUACUCGAGGAUCUGGAAGUUGAGCCUCAUUCUCAUGACGAAGUCGGCACCAUUAACACAAGCUCCCAUGCUGCUAUGGUGACUGGGACACAACAAUGCCUUGUUCUGCAGUAA